GCGCGCGGACGUCCUGGGGCGGGACUUCCGGCGGCCCUCGCGAGCGUCUUCCGGCCCCGCGCGAGGGAGGUCCGGCCGGCCUCCGGGACAUGAAGCCCCCUGGAACCUGAGGCUGGACCCUGCUGUGACCUGCCCACCAUGAGGGCGCUCCUCAGUGCGCUCUGGCUUGCUCUGGCCUGCAGCUCUGUUCACACUACCCUGUCAAAGUCAGAUGCCAAAAAGGCCGCUUCCAAGACGCUGCUGGAGAAGACUCAGUUUUCAGAUAAGCCUGUCCAAGAUCGGGGCCUCGUGGUGACGGACCUCAGAGCCGAGGAUGUGGUUCUCGAGCAUCGCAGCUACUGCUCAGCGAAGGCCCGGGAGAGGCACUUUACUGGGGACGUCCUGGGCUACGUCACUCCAUGGAACAGCCACGGCUACGACAUCGCCAAGGUCUUCGGGGGCAAGUUUACGCAGAUCUCACCCGUGUGGUUGCAGCUGAAGAGGCGUGGCCGUGAGAUGUUCGAGGUCACAGGCCUCCAUGACGUGGACCAAGGGUGGAUGCGGGCACUCCGGAAGCAGUCCAAGGGCCUCCGCAUAGUGCCUCGGCUCCUAUUUGAGGACUGGACUCAUGAGGACUUCCGGAACGUCUUGGACAGCGAGGACGAGAUAGAAGAACUCAGCAAGACCAUGGUUCAGAUUGCCAGGAGCCAGCAUUUUGACGGCUUUGUGGUGGAGGUCUGGAGCCAGCUGCUGAGCCAGAAACACGUGGGCCUCAUCCACAUGCUCACCCACGUGGCAGAGGCGCUGCACCAGGCCCGGCUGCUCGCCAUCCUGGUCAUCCCGCCGGCCGUCACCCCUGGGACAGACCAGCUGGGCAUGUUCACACACAAGGAGUUUGAGCAACUGGCCCCCGUGCUGGACGGCUUCAGCCUCAUGACCUACGACUACCCAACAGCACAGCAGCCUGGCCCCAAUGCGCCGCUAUCCUGGGUGCGAGCCUGCGUCCAGGUCCUGGACCCCAAGUCCAAGUGGCGGAGCAAGAUCCUCCUGGGGCUGAACUUCUACGGCAUGGACUACGCAGCCUCCAGGGAUGCCCGCGAGCCUGUCAUUGGGGCCAGGUACAUCCAGACACUGAAGGACCACAGGCCCCGGAUGGUGUGGGACAGCCAGGCCGCCGAGCAUUUCUUCGAGUACAAGAAGAGCCGCGGCGGGAGGCACGUCAUCUUCUACCCGACUCUGAAGUCUUUGCAGGUGCGGCUGGCGCUGGCCAGGGAGCUGGGCGUCGGGGUGUCCAUCUGGGAGCUGGGCCAGGGCCUGGACUACUUCUACGACCUGCUCUAGGCCCAGCCCUGGAGCAGAUAUGUGCUUUCUGAGUGACGGAGUGACUGACAUGCAAAAUACAGACUUCUCUGUUUUCCA